GACUAGUAAACUAAUGAAACAUAAAAUUACACAAAAAAAGCGUUUAUGUAGAAAAUAUAUGAUCAAUAUUGUGCGGCGGCACCUUCUUUAUCAUUUCGGAAUUAGUCAAUCAGUCUUCUCUUUUUCUGAAUUAUAUUUUAAAAAUCUCUGUUUUUUUUCUUAACCUUUUCUUCUUACCUUGUUUUUAUUCACUACUCCAUUUUUCAAAUAUCAAUUUUCACGUUUGGCGUUUUUCUUCUUUCUGGGUUUUAUCAUUUCUACCUUUUUUUUUUAAAUUCCUAAAGAAUCUUGAUUUUCUCAAUUCAUAUUAUUUUUGAUUGAAUUUUUUGAUUUGAGUUGGGUUUAAGGAGUAAUGAGUUGGGAAGCUUUGAAUUGUUUGAUAUUGAAGGAAUUUAGUAGAUUUUCCGUUUAUUUAGAUAUGGGAAAUUAAUAGUGUUUAGGGGUUUUGUUGUUGUAAUUUGAGAGAAAUUAUUGUCGUUGGGAAGAUAAAGAUUCUUUUUUCCAUUUAUUUUCUGGGUUACUCCCCUGCUCUUGGGAAUUGCCGAAUUUGGAUACCUCUGGAUAUUAUCAUUAUUAUUAUUUUUAUUUUGUAUGGGGUCUGAUGUUUUUGAAGUACAAGAUUCAACAACAAAUGCUCUUGGUAUAAAGAUAAAUGUCAUAAUUUUGAUAUUAGAUUUUCACUCCCUUUGUUCUUGCCUCACAUCUCUCCUACAACUAUGCUGGUGACUGAAAAUAUCAAAUCUGAAAAACAAAAAUUGAUGGUGCAUCUUUCAAUGUGUAAAUUACUCCUGGGACUUGUUGAUAGAAUCUCAAAAAUUGUUCCAGAUAUUGAAGCAGCUCGGCCUCGCGCUCAGGGAAUAAAUGCACUUUCUGAGUUACAUCUUGCAAUUGACAAAGCCAAAGCACUUGUUCAGAAUUGCCGCUCAUCGAGUAAACUUUAUCUGGCAAUUACAGGAGAGACAGUAAAGUCAAGAUUUGAGAAAACAAAAAAUUGUUUGGACCAUAAUUUGAGCCUACUUCAAAAUAUGGUUCCGGUUGCAUUGGGAACAAAGAUAUCUGAAAUACUCAAUGAUGUUAGAGCUUUGAAGUUCUUCUUGGACUCGCGUGAAGAAUUAGCUGGCAAAGCAUUGAGAGCAAUACUCCAGCAAGAUGAGUAUCUUUUAAAUUCUGAUGGAAAUUCUGAGAUAGAUUUGAUUCAGUUUGCAGCUUCAAAGCUUGAUCUUAAAUCAGCAAAGGAUCUCUUGAUAGAGGCAAGAUGCUUAAGGAAACUGCUCAAUGAUGUGAAAGAUGGGAUGUCAACAAAAAGGAAGACGCUGAAAUACCUUUGUUAUCUCCUGAAGAAGCAUGAUAAGCUUAUUUUGCAAGGCAAAACAAGGACGUCCUCAAUCCAACUUGACGAGGCUUUCAGCUCUGUAGAGUCUGAUAGUAAAACUAAAACAACCAAGUCUUCUGCUCAGGUUUGUCGUUUUGGUCAUGAAGUUUCAAUGUAUGGUUCCUUGGAUACUUCUUUGAAUUCCAUCCGCAGCACUGCAAGUUCAAUGAAAGAUAUAGAUAUUCGAAUUGAUAUGAGCAGUUUAUCCCUUGGAUCACUUGAUAGCAGUUACAGUAUCUCUCAUACUAAACCCGAGAACAGCUUUGCUUGUAUCGAGGAGUCCUCAGAGAUCGAAUCUCCUAGAUUUCAGUUCUACAGUAGCAUAGAUGAUAUUAGAACACAGUUCUUGUCAAACAUCAGGGGGCACAGUUGGAAAUUGCAAUGUACAGCUAUUCAAGAUGUUCAGACGUACUUGAUCAAUCAUAAUCCUUCUUGUGCUUUUGUCUCCUCUGAGAAUUUUCUGGAUCCAUUAAUGUCAUUCUUGCAAGAUGCUGUGGACAAGCAUGAUAGGGAAGCUCUUAAGGUUGGGAGUCAACUGUUUUUAACUUUUCUCCAAGCAGACAGGUGGGAUCCAAUUCAUUUAAGCGAGGAUGUGUACACUUUCUUAGCUUCUGUUCUUGCAACAGAACCUGCUGCAGAAGCCCUAGCCAUAAUGGAAGUGUUGUCUUUUCGAGUUCCUUUUUCCAAAUUCGCAGCAUCUGACGCGUUUUGCGCUUCAAUUGUAAAUAUACUCAAAAGUCACGCAAGGGAUUUUCUUGAACCAGCCCUUCAAGUGCUGUACAAUUUUUCCUCGAGUAUUGACAAUGCUUCAUGCAACGUCGCUUCAGAUUGGAUACUGGUUCUUGUUCAUUUCCUGGAAGAUAGCACACUUGCUGGAACGUGUUUAGGCAUCUUGGAAAACCUAUGUAAAUUUGAAGAGACCAAGAGAUCUAUUGCUGAGACACAAGGUUGCAUAGCAUCAAUCGUUAAGCUACUCGAGAAUGAGAAUUGCAGUAGCAGGGACCAGGAAUACGCAGUUGGUAUUCUUCUUUCUCUAUGCUCUCAAAGCGACUAUUAUUGUUAUUUGGUUUUAAGCGAGGGAUGCAUACCUUCAGUUGUCAAUGUAUCACAUGUUGGGAGCGAUAAAGGGAAGUUCAUUGCAACGGAAUUGCUUCGGCAAUUGAAGGAAUUUAAUAGUCAAGAAAUCGAGCAAGAGUCUACUAGAUCAAAUGCCGAGCAAGAGCUCCCUAGAUCAAAUGCUGGUGUAUUCGAUGGUCGUGUAGGGAGGUCUAAGCAAAAGUCUUCAAAAACUUCGGGGUUUUUCAGCAAGCUCUUCAGAAAGAGAUGAUUUCGUUUUUGGGUAUCAGGGUAAAUCCCUUUUUUGCUCCUUAAACCAAAAUUUUGAGGUAAAAAAGAAUCAUCCAGCAUUUAGAGUGCAUGUAUAUAACUAAUAAGUAGUUAGUAAAACUGUAAACUUUUUUAUAGCAUUUAUGAUUUUGGUUUUGAGAUAGAUGUUAUGUCUUGUUUGGUGUAAGGUAAAUAUUUAAGGCAAAUGGCUUAGAUUAUUAAUUGUAGUUAGUGUCUAGUUUUUCUAGGGUUUUGAAGAAUUUGACUUGGAACUUGUAUAUAGGAUAUGCUCCCUUUUUUGUUCUUUCCUGGGUCAUUAUGUAAUGUAAGGCUAUGUAAAUUACUAAAUCUCCUUUUUCAAAAUAAUAAUACUCUUUUGUAGUGUUUUUUUA